AUGGCGUCAAAGUUGCAGCAACUGCAAUCCAAGGCAUGCCAAGCUUCACAGUUUCUGGCAAAGCAUGGCACUGGCUACUACAAACAGAUGUUGGAACAGAACAAGCAGUACAUUCAGGAACCACCCACCGUGGAGAAAUGCAACCUGUUGGCCAAGCAGUUGCUUUACACUCGUCUUGCUAGCAUUCCUGGUCGGUGCGAGUCAUUUUGGAAGGAAGUUGAUUACGUGAAGCACGUGUGGAAGAACAGGCAGGAACUGAAGGUUGAGGAUGCUGGCAUUGCUGCUUUGUUUGGGCUGGAGUGCUUUGCAUGGUAUUGUGCUGGUGAGAUUGUGGGAAGGGGAUUCACAUUCACUGGUUACUAUCCCUGA